AUGGUUUUGUAUGAGCGAACAUUCCCGAUUUCGGCGUGCAAGGCUGAACUGCCCUAUUGUUCCCUGCUGACCCUCAACGCAGCCGGAUUCAAAUGCGGCAACUCGCUCUCCGUCACCGAGGACGGCGGCCUCGAGCUGAACCUUGAUGGCGUAAUCCUCGACAACGAUGUGACCAUCGCCCGCUUCAUUGCCCAGAGUUCCGGAAAAUCAGAUCUGUUCGGCAAGGAUUUAUUCGAGCAGGCCAAGAUUGAUGAGGUCUUGGUGGCUGCCGAGAAAGCCUGGGCCGGCCAGUCUUGCCCGAAGGAGGUCUUUGCCAAUGUCCAAUUCUCCAAAGAUGGGACGCUCUUCGAGAAGCGGCGGACAGUGGCCGAUUUUGCACUUUUCGCCCUGCUGGCGGCAAAGGAAGAGCUGAAGAAGUCGUUUUCCGCGCUGUUCCAAGCCGUUAUCGCUGAUCCGCGUCUGUUCGAGGCCCACACGAUGGUUGGCCGCUUCGAGGUUCAGAAGCCCAAGCCAUCAAAUGACGGCGCCAAGCCGAAGGAGAAGCAAAAGGACGAGGGGAAAUUCGUGGAUCUGCCCGGCGCUGAGAAGGGCAAAGUUGUCGUUCGAUUCCCGCCUGAGGCUUCUGGAUAUCUUCAUAUCGGUCACGCCAAGGCGGCCUUGUUGAACCAGUUCUACCAACAGAAUUGGGACGGCAAGCUCAUCAUGCGCUUCGACGACACCAACCCGGCCAAGGAGAAUGCCCACUUCGAGGAGGUGAUCAAGGAGGAUCUCAAGAUGUUGGAGAUCAAGCCGGAUAUCUGGUCCCAUUCCUCUGACCAUUUCGAGUUGAUGCUCGAGUUGUGUGAGAAGCUCUUGAAAGAAGGAAAGGCCUAUGUGGAUGACACCGAUAUGGAGACGAUGCGGAAGGAGCGUGAGGAGCGGGUUGAGAGCAAGAAUCGAAACACUGCUCCUGAGGCCAACUUGAAAUUGUGGGAGGAGAUGAAGAAGGGAACAACGCGAGGCCUUCAAUGCUGUGUCCGCAUCAAGAUGGACAUGAAGUCGAACAAUGGCGCAAUGAGAGACCCGACCAUCUAUCGCUGCAAGCUUGAGGAGCACGUGCGCACCGGAACGAAAUACAAGGUCUAUCCCACCUACGAUUUUGCUUGCCCGAUCGUCGACAGCAUUGAGGGCGUCACGCACACGCUGCGCACUACCGAGUACCAUGAUCGUGAUGAUCAAUUCUAUUUCUUCUGUGAUGCGCUGGGCCUUCGCAAGCCACACAUCUGGGAGUAUUCGCGCUUGAACAUGACAAAUACGGUGAUGAGCAAGCGUAAGCUCACCUGGUUCGUCGAGGAGGGUGUUGUCGAGGGAUGGGAUGACCCUCGUUUCCCGACUGUACGGGGAGUGUUGCGCCGUGGAUUGACGGUCGAGGGCCUGAAGCAGUUCAUUGUCGCCCAGGGAGGCAGCCGCUCUGUCGUGAUGAUGGAAUGGGAUAAGAUCUGGGCUUUCAACAAGAAGGUCAUCGACCCGGUUGCGCCACGCUACACAGCUCUGGAUACCUCCAAAAAACUGGUCACCGUCAAUCUCGAAUCUCCGAUUCAGGAAUACUCUGCUGACGUUCAACUUCAUCCGAAGAACGCCGAAAUUGGCACGAAGAAGAUUUUCCACUCUUCAAAGAUCCUCAUCGAGCAGGUCGAUGCUCAGACUAUCAAGAAGGGCGAUACCGUCACGUUCGUCAACUGGGGCAACCUGCAGAUUACCGACGUGAAGAAGCAGGGCGACGAGAUUGUGUCCCUGACGGCCAAGCUUGACCUGGACAAUAAAGACUACAAGAAAACGCUGAAGGUCACCUGGAUCGCGGAUGUCGCGUCGCCCAGCACGAUCCCGGUUGUUGCUGUCGAGUACGACCACAUCAUCAACAAGGCAAUUAUUGGCAAAGACGAGGACUGGAAGAACUUCAUCAAUUACGAUUCGGUGCACUACACCCAAAUGAGGGGCGAGCCGGCACUGAAGGGACUGAAGAAGGGAUCUAUCAUCCAGAUCCAAAGAAAGGGUUUCUUCAUCUGCGACCACGAGCACGUCGAGAAGAGCCCAUUCACGGACAAGGAGACCCCGCUGCUGCUCAUCGCCAUCCCGGACGGUAGUCAAAAAGAUCAGGGAGCUGCUGCUCAAUCAACGAAGGACAAGUCUGCGCCCGCUUCGUCAUCGCCGGCAAGUGGCGUCGAUCCGCUGGCCUUGUAUGAAGGUCUGGAACGCCAAGGAGCUGUUGUAAGGGACCUCAAGGGCAAAGAUGCCAAAUCGCAAGCCACCAAGGACGCCAUCGCUCAACUUUUGAAACUGAAAACCGAGUUCAAGGAGAAGACUGGCCAGGAUUACAAGUCCGGCUCGCCACCUGCGGCAGCUGCCCCAAAGGCGGCCACGGCUGGCGCCUCAGACCCCCUUGCUCUUUACGAAGCUCUUGAGCGACAAGGUGCCCUGGUUCGAGACCUCAAGGGCAAAGAUGCCAAAUCGCAAGCCACCAAAGACGCCAUCGCUCAGCUCCUGAAGUUGAAAACGGACUUCAAGGAGAAGACUGGCCAGGAUUACAAGGCUGGCUCACCACCUGCAGCAGCCGCCUCAACGGUGGCCCCGGCUGUCGCUGCCACUUCUGAUUCCUCAGACCCCCUUGCUCUUUAUGAAGCCCUGGAGCGACAAGGCGCCCUUGUUCGAGACCUCAAGGGAAAGGAUGCUAAAUCGCAAGCGACGAAAGAUGCUAUUGCCCAGCUUCUCUCGCUGAAAACCGUUUUCAAGCAGAGGACUGGUCAAGAUUACAAGGCUGGAUCGCCGCCCACUAUCUCAACACCCUCUGCCCCAGCACCCCCUGCCGCUAGCUCCUCCUCUGCGGACCCGUUAGCCCUAUUCAAUGAAUUGGAGAAACAGGGAGCUCUCGUCCGAGAUUUGAAGGGCAAGGACGCCAAGUCGCAGGAAACAAAGGAUGCGAUCGCAAAGUUGCUCAAGCUGAAGGUCGACUACAAAGAGAAGCUCGGCGAGGAAUACAAGGCUGGCACGCCACCCGCAGGGAAGGGCACUUCUGCCGCCGCUCCAGCCCCAUCCAAUGCCCUGGCCCUCUACGAGGAACUCGAGAAACAAGGAGCCUUGGUCAGGGAGCUGAAGGGGAAGGAUGCCAAAUCCCAAGCGACAAAGGACGCCAUCGCCAAGCUUCUCAAGUUGAAGGAAGGAUUCAAGGCGACCACCGGCCAAGACUACAAGUCAGGGACGCCACCAAAA